GUGGAUCUUGAACGCAAGGUUACUACAGAAGAAGCAGAAGCCUGGUGUAAGGAAAAUGGUGAUCUUCCAUAUAUUGAAACUUCAGCGAAAGAUGCAACAAAUGUAGAAACUGCCUUUAUGAUGUGCUUAAGACGAUGGGCUAACAUAGAUGGCCGGCAGGAGAGAAUGCCAAUGCCAGAUACAGUUCAGCUAGAUGGAGAUGGCACCCAUCAUCGUCUCUGUGCAUGUUCAUCAUAAACUAGAGGUUAAGAGUACAAGGUAUGAAAGCUUUGGAAGAUCAAGAGAGAAGUGUAACAUAAGGAGUGUAUUUUUCUUUUGUUUUUUCUUAAAUAUUCCUCUCAUUGUUCUUGCAGCUGUCAGCAAAAUUGUAAUCUAAGUCAUAUGUUUUUGAUAAAUGUUUGUGAUAUUUCUAUUCAUUUACAAUUAAUUGCCAAAAUUCUUCUUUGAAUUGUUUGAUUGUUCAAGUGCAAGAUGACAUGGUCAUUAAUGAAUAAGAAUAUUUUAAAUAAGAUACCAUAUGGAUGUGUCACUCAAAUUAUUGUGUCAGAACUUGACUAUUUUUAUAUUUUGAUGCAUUCUUUGCAACUCGUUUUUUUGUAGAUUGUGAAUGAAAUAGUGUGUGAUCGGAGAGGUCGUUCCCAUUGUAGGCUUAUUGUCUGAUGCAUUAUUAUUUAUAGAAAAUGGCUUCACACUUCAUCUGGCAUCAGUAUCUUACUUGAAAUUAUAUUGUUGGUAGAAUCUUUGCAAAUCUAUUUUGAUGCCAAGGGCCAUACAUAAUAUUCAUGAAACUUAAAUAACUCAUCUGCUUUGAAUUAAUCUUUUAUUAAUAGUAGCAUUGAUCAUUAUAUGCAUUUGUGUCCUAAUGGUUUAUCACAACAUACUUAGAAAGAAUAGAUACUUAUACCUUUAAUCAGAAUUUGUAAGUUGUUUAUUUUUUAAGGCUCUUCUUUGUGUGUGCUUGUGUGUGUGUGUGCCUGUAUGGUUGCCAUUGCAUGUUUGAACAUUAAUGUACAAGUAUGUAUGCAUGUGUAUAUAUAGAAAUCUGUUUCUUGAUUAGGAUUGUUAUCAUUCUAUGCUGAAUAUUAAUGGUCCCUAUAUAUGAUAAUUUUUUGCAUUUUGGCCAAAUAUGAAAGUAAAGUAUUAAAUCAACUCUGGUAGCUUGACUAUUGUGAGAUCUAAUAGAUAUCCACUUCAGUGGGAAAAAAUAUUCAUUUGUGGGGUUAUAGUUUUAUUGUAUGGUAUGCAGUUUUCUUUGCUUAAAGCCCUAGAUUACAUACCAAACUUGUCCUUUUUUUACAUGAAAUGUCUUGAUGACCAUGUAAGGUUUUUAUGCUUUAUUUAAUUAAAAUGGCUGUAAUAUUUGGGGAACAACAAAAGUAUCACUUAUAGUUCUUAAUAGCAGUGUAAUUGAUGGAUCUCUUAAAAUUCCACAAAGUGAAUAGGAGUUUCCGAUGUAAUAGAGAAAGGAGACACCUGAAUGAAUAAUCAUAUAUAUAAUCACACACAGUAAAUAAACAAUGAAAAUAAUUUUUAAAAAAAUCUUUAUUUGAUAUUUGUUUAUAAAUAUACAUUUAAGAACUAAAUUGUUUUUCUAGCUUGCUAAUGUGAUUUUUUUGUGGUUGUUAUAAAGUAAGAAUUCUCUUUAAGUCAUAUAUCAGGGUCCCCUGGCUGGAAGCUGAGUAAUAUGGUUGCCCUGACAUUGGUUGGCUCAGAGGAGAGGUCAGCUCUGGGAAAUCACUGAGAUAAGCUGCAACCAGUAGUUUUCCUUGAGAAGCAGGGCAAUUUGGUUAAUAUAAGCAGAUUAGUUUGAGCUGCACUAACCUACCAAACCAAUUUUUGUUGCUCACUACUUUACUCAUUUUCCCAUGUAGCUGAUUCAUGCUCAAUCUAUUUCAGCACUUCCUUGCUUUGAUUUCCUCUUAGAAUGUGUUUAAUCAACUGGCAGUGAUACACCAUAGAAUACAUGGUCAGAAAAUUUACCUUAAAAACUUUAUGUCCCUUGAACAUUUCCAUCUUAUUUAGCUGAAGAUAAAUUUGAUGUACAGAACUUAUUAUAUUUUCUGGCUGGAUACGGGCAGGUCAAGUUAACUGAUGUAUGAUGUUGUCACUUUGGAUUUAAAUGAUUUACUUAGACAAUCAUAGACUCUAAGAUCAACUAAACAAUGUUACUAAAUAUAAUCCUUCAUGGGUUUCUGAAAUUAAGAAUAUCUUGUAGGAAAUCCCAGAAAUUUCAGCAUGGGGUGAUUUUACCAAAUGAGUGUGUGAUGUAUAAACAUCUGCAAGAGUAAAGCUAGCAUUAGUAGUAUUCUUUUUAUUGCUUAAUAUUUGAGGAACUCAAACAUUUAAAAUGCAUCAUAAGGGAAUAAGGUCAUUCACACUGCUGCAUGUUGAUAGGUAUAUACACUUACUCUCCAACAUUUUUAUGGGGAAAUAUGUUAGAAAUAUUUAAAACAAAAUCAUAUCUACUUGCGUCCUUGAAUUUACUUUAGAUUCUGUUUGUGUAUAGAAUUUUAGAUAUGACAAAUAUCUGUAAUUAAUUUUCUUUUAGAAUUGUUAGUAGAUUAUUAAAAUAGAUUCAAUUUGAUAUCUCAUACUCUAAUUUGUCUUGAUCUGUGAUUUUUGGUAUUAAAGAUAUACACAUACUAUACCAACACACACACGCACACACAUGUGCAUGCAUAUGUUUAUGUAUAGGAAUAUUAAAUUGAAUAUAUGUAUAUGUAUAUAUGUAUGUGUUCAUGUGUAU